AAAAUCCAACCAAUCUACAGAAAUUGACAAUGAUUCUGCAAAACUCCUUCGUUUUAAAGAGUAAUAUCGAUAUAUCGUUUUAAUGUAAAUAACGAUGCAGCCCUGCUGGCCUUACCAACCAUCUGUAGUGCGACGCUGAAGUAGACAACUUUAUAGUAAAAUUAGUUUUUAUUAAAAAUGAGCAAUAUUUACAUACAAGAGCCGCCCACGUCGGGAAAAGUGUUACUUAAAACGACAGUGGGCGACAUAGAUAUCGAACUCUGGGCCCGGGAAUGUCCCAAAGCCUGCCGCAACUUUGUGCAACUUUGCCUCGAGGGCUAUUACAAUGGGACAACAUUCCACCGGCUGGUGAAGGGAUUCAUUGUACAGGGCGGAGAUCCGCAUGGCGAUGGCACUGGCGGUGAAUCCAUUUACGGCCAGCCAUUCAAGGAUGAGUUCCAUUCGCGACUGCGUUACUCACGUCGUGGCUUGGUGGGCAUGGCAAAUUGUGGGAAGGAUGACAAUGCUUCGCAGUUCUUCUUCACGUUUGCGGCAACGCCAGAGCUAGAAAAUAAGAACACACUUUUUGGCAAAGUCACUGGCGACACGAUUUUCAAUAUGCUCAAGCUGGAAGAGGGUGAUGUGGAUCACCAGGAGCGUCCCAUGUAUACGCAUCGCAUAAUCUCCACCGAGGUAUUGAGCAAUCCCUAUAACGAUAUUGUGCCGCGUGCGCUGCCCAAGGCAGCAGCCAAGUCCAAAAAGAGCAAAAAGGAGAAACAAGGGGUUAAGAACUUUGGUUUGCUUUCCUUCGGCGAGGAGGCCGAAGGCGAUGAGCAAGAGACCACUAUAUUCGUAAAGCAGAAUGCGGGCAAAGCAAAGUCGCUCCAUGAUGCAACGGAUGAUCCCAAACUGAGCAAAGAGGCAAUUAAAGUGCCCAAAACAGAACGUGCUCAAAGUGAGGAGCGUUUGUCCGAUGACUGCGAGGAAAUUGAUGUCAAACCAAAAACCAAUGCCUCUGACAUCAUUAAAAGUAAGCUGGCCAAGUCCAAAAGCAAUGUGGUAAAACGUGAGAUCAAAAGUGAAUCAGAAGAUGAUGAUGAAGAUGUACUGAUGACACGAGAACAGGAACAGAAUAUGAAGAAAUCAGAGGAAAAGAACAAAAUUCGGGAAGAAAUUGAAUCCCUAAAACGGCAAUAUCAAAUGGAUAAAUUGGCAAAGGACAAGGAAGCCUCCAAGGAGUCGGAGAAGAGUGCAAAGACUGCUGGCAUAAAGGCAGCAAGUGACAAUCAUUAUAUCAAUGAUUUCAUCGAAGUAAAAGAGAAAUACACCGCUAAAACAAAGAACAAACUUAAUAACAAAGGCAAGGACAGAGAGAGCUACACCUUGGAGUUAUUAUCCAAGUUCAAGUCUAAGCUGGACAAUCUCAAGUACAAAUCAAGCGAGAAUGACGAAGCAGAUGCUAGCACCACCACUGUGGAUGAAACUGUUGUGGAAAAAGAUAUUAAGGGAGAUGACUGGUUGGCGCAUACAUUAAAUUUCAAUAGCACUGUUCCUGUAUUGGCCAAAGACGCCUCCACCAAGGGAGACGAUUGGUAUGAUGUCUACGAUCCACGCAAUCCGCUAAAUAAACGCAAACGGGGCGCAACAGAGCACAAUAAAUCAUCCGGCAAAUCGAAAUCAUCCAGAAGACAUAAUUGAUUUAUAGUAAUAAAU